GAAGUUUGGCUGAGACCGAAGCCGAGAAGAGGGUUACGGCCAUGAGCUUAGCACUGUUGCAGGGCUACUCCUCGGACGAGGAAGAGGUCGGCGCAAGAGCCUCUCCUUCUUCUCCUUUUCUCAGCGACGAUGAAGCAAGGGGUGGAGAGGAUGGCGAGGAGGAGGAUUGGGUCGACGACGAAGAAGAAGCCCUGAAGGAACGUUCUAGGCGAGUGAAAAGGAAGAGGUCGCUCGCGGAUGCCUCUGGUCCACCCGCUAAUUCCUUCCUCCCCUCCGCGUUAGAUGCCUUCGAUGAGAUCACGGGGCCGCCUGAGUUCCUCAACAAUUGUGCUGCUGCACCUGAGGAGACAACCGAGGCGCUGGGGGUGCUCGAUCGGAGAAUGAGGAAUAGAUCCAAGAGAGACAGGAAAGAUCUUCCAGCUGGUGCUGUUGUUGAGGCCAAAGCUCAAUUAAUUGGAAUUCGUGACCGAGUAAGAAAUGACGUAGAGGGAAGCUGUCCCACAUCAAACUCCAGCAUGAUACCUGGUGGCAAGCGUCUCAUUUCUGCAACAAAUCCUGACCCAAAAGAUGCUGCAGAAUUGUUAAGGGUGUGCCUGCAGUGUGGGAUUCCUAAGACCUACUCUCAUUCCCGUGGUAUGGUGUGCCCAGUUUGCGGAGAUCGCCCUAUUGCAGAACAGAAAGUGUCCGAUAAAACGAAGGGAUCGACUGUCAAAGACAAGGAGAAGCUUAAGAGGAUGAAGGGACAAUCGAGCCAUGCGACUUGGAAGACUGAGACAGAGAUGCAAUUGAGGCAACAAUACGAUUAGCAAACAAUUGGAAUUGCUGUCCGAUGUGUGUGCUGCUGAGCCAAUUUACCUUCAGGGGUCCUGCAACCUUAUGCAACCUAUGUCUUAUAGAUAAAAGUUAUCGGCCUUGCAAGAGAAUGUUUUCUGACUAUGUUGGUGCAUCUUCUCUUGUAAGAUGGAUGCAGAUUUGUAACCUUGAAUUCAUCAGGCAUGCAUACAGACGAGGUUGGAUGAUGACUCGUCAGGUUGACGUAGGUAUUGACACGUGCGGUUAUAUAUAUUUUUGAUUGAUUUCA